UGGGGUGUGGGCAUUACUCCGUUUCUCGCCAUGUCUUCUCACAAGACUUUCAGGAUUAAGCGAUUCCUGGCCAAGAAACAAAAGCAAAAUCGUCCCAUUCCCCAGUGGAUUCGGAUGAAAACUGGUAAUAAAAUCAGGUACAACUCCAAAAGGAGACAUUGGAGAAGAACCAAACUUGGUCUGUAAGAAAUUACACAUGUGAUGGCACACAUAUUUAUGCUGUCUGUAGGUCACAGUCGUGUUACCAAA